AGGGGCAUAGUAGGUGUGACUGAAGCAGUAGUGGGAAGCACAAUUUGUGUUAACAAAGACAUAAGAAGCUAGCGGUGUUUGUAGGAAUAUUAAAACAGAAUGAAUUUUCAGGAAAGACAAAGAAUAACAUCCGUUGCUGAGGGUAUGACAGAAUUGAUGUCUAUGGACUCGUCAGAAGUAUCCAACACCAGAGAUGAGCAGGAAGAGGAGGUGAUGUAUCAGCCACUGAAAGUAUACUUGAGAGUAAGGCCCUUUUCUAAGGCAGAGCUUGAAAACAAUGAAAACCAGGACUGUUUGAUUAUUGAAAAUCAAGAAACAGUGACUCUUCACGCACCUAAAUACUCUACUGCUAUGAAGAACAGUGAAAAGGGAAUUGGACAAUCGGCACAUCAGUUCACCUUUACACAGGUGUUUGGACCAGAGACUUCUCAAAGUGAAUUUUUUGAAGGCACAAUGAAAGACAUAGUAAAAACGUACAUCAACGGAGUGAAUGGACUUGUGUUUACCUAUGGUGUGACUAACGCAGGCAAAAGUUUCACUGUUCAAGGCUGCUCAAAAGAUGGUGGUAUCCUUCCCCGCUCUCUUGAUCUCAUAUUUAACCAUGUAAGGGGAAGACAGUAUCCAAAGAUGAACUUAAAACCAUGCUUCAGCAAUCUUACCAAGAGGCUAAAUGAUACGCAGGUUAAGCAAGAAGAAUCCAUCAAAACUGCCCUUCUUGCUUCUCUGAAGGAGGAUACUGAAAAUACUUCAAAGUCUAUCACAACUUCAAGUGCAUCAGGGUCAACUUCUAGUAGCUGUAGCUCACCAAGUUUUGUUUUGAAUGAAUCAGAUUCUGAGGUUUAUAGCAAGUGCCCCAGGACCCUAGCAUCUGUUUGGGUUUCUUUCUUUGAAAUCUACAAUGAGUACAUCUAUGACCUACUGGAUUUAGUGCCUGCAUCAAAAAACCAGAAGCGCAAAGUUUUAAGGAUAUGCGAAGAUCAGGGAGGAAACUCUUAUGUGAAAGACUUAAAGUGGAUCAGUAUAAAGAGUACAGAUGAGGCUUGCAAAAUUCUUAAAGUAGGAAAUAAGAACAGAAGUUUGGCAUGCACCAGGAUGAACCAACAAUCAAGCAGAAGUCACAGUAUAUUUUCUAUUCGACUGCUCAGCUUGAGUGAUGAGAGUGUGCCACGAGUUCUUGGAGUCUCUGAACUCUCUCUCUGUGACUUGGCUGGGUCAGAACGAUGCCAUAAAGCACAAACUUUUGGAGACAGACUGAAAGAAGCAGGCAAUAUUAAUAAUUCUCUUCUUAUUCUUGGAAAAUGCAUUGCAGCUCUAAAGCAAAAUCAAAACCCUAAAUUAAGGCCAGCAUACAUUCCCUUCAGAGAGAGUAAGCUGACCCGCCUGUUCCAGCCAUUCUUCUGUGGUAAAGGCAAAGCUUGCAUGAUUGUCAAUAUUAACCAGUGUGCUUCUACCUAUGAUGAGACAUUGCAUGUAAUGAAGUUUUCUGCUGUAGCAAAGCAAGUUAUUCAAACAUUCCAACACAAAAUAUUUGAUUAUUUUCCAAAAAAAUAUAUUGGAAGGGACGAUAGGCCUACAGUGCACUUUGAUGACUUAUCUGCAGAGCAGCUUCCAGAGGAUUCUUGUAUUUCCUCUGAAGAAGAGGAAAUAGAUAUAACUAUUAUGAACCAUGAGGAUCUCUUGAAAAUGACAGAGAUCUUGAAGAGCAAGCUGAUUGCAGAGAGGCAAGGCAAGCUGCUCCUUGAGGUGCAAAUACGCAAGGAGAUGGCCAAAGCAAUGUUUCAGCAACUGAUGGAAACAGAAGAAUCCUGGAGUAAACGCUUAGAAGAUCUGAAAGAAAGGUAUGAAGAAAAAUUGGAGAGUAAAUUUCAAAUGUACAAGGAGGCCAUAAAGAAGCAUGCAUACAUGUGUGCAAUGGAUCAAAUUGAAGACCGCUAUGUGCCAAUAGAGGAGUUCAUUGCUGAACAAGCAAAGGUCGAGGACAGAGAAAUGAAAAUACUAGAGUUGAAAGCAAAACUUGGUAAACUCAAUACCUUGCCUUCAGAAAGUCCUAAUUUAGACUCUGCAGAAGGGAACAUUGAUCCAGAUAUUAAAUGCAGUGCUUCAGAUGCUUUGCAGGGACAAUGCGAUGAGAGAGACAAGCAAAUAAGAUCCUUGAAAUUAAAAAUAGAGAAAUUAAAUGAAAUGUUGCAAGAUGCCAAUGAACUCUGCAGACAAGCAAUGGAAGAAAAUAAUAGACUUAAGCAAGUGAUGAUGCAUAAGGAAGAAGAAGUCAAGGGUCUUCAAAACUGGGCUAAGCGUGGCAAUGAGCUUGAAGCCACAGUGUCUCUUCUACAAGAGGAGCUACGUGAAAGCAAAAAACUCCUAAGCACAGAUUCGAAGCAUCAGAAAUCCAAGAAGGGCUUCUUUGCAAAUCUGAAACAUACCCUAGCAGAUGUUCCUAAAACACUUGGUGACAAAGACUCAGAAAAACCUGAGGCAUCUUCUACAAGCUCUUCACAAGUGACCUCAGCAACACGCAAAGCUGAAAUGGUUGGGGAACUGCAUUUUCAAUAAAAACUACAGACACUU